AUGCUGAGUAAAUACGAGACUCGAAGCCAUUUAGAAGUGGUCAGCUCGCAUAUCAAAGCUCUGCACAGGAUUGUGGGAGAUGGACGUCUCGAAAUGGAUGGAAAUAGUCUGACUCUUGCUAGUGUGGUGGCCGUGUCAAAAUUCUUCUGUCAACCUUAUCUCACUGACAACGACGAGAUCCUCGAGUCUAUUCAACAAAGUGUGCUGACACUGAAGAAGCUGAUCACGGAGGGUCAUCCAAUCUACGGAGUGAACACCGGAUUUGGAGGAAGUGCAGACUCCCGAACAGAUCAGGUGAUUACGCUGCAGAGGGCACUUUUACAACUGCUUCAGAGUGGAAUUCUUACCAGCAAAGAUACCUCCACAUCCGAUCAUGCAAGCGGCUGCUCGGAGUGGCAGGCAGCCCAAUCGAUGCCGUCAGAAUGGGUCAAGGCCACCAUGCUUGUACGGGCCAACUCCGUCGCGAGAGGUCACUCUGCCGUCACUAUUGCUGCCAUUGAAAGCCUGCUGGAACUCGUUCGCAAGGAUAUCACUCCCGUCGUGCCCCUGCGCGGCACCAUCUCCGCCUCGGGCGACUUGAUGCCUCUUGCGUACGUGGUGGGAGCCAUCGAGGGCAGUCCCGGGAUCAUGGUCCGGACUCGUGGGAGAGUCAUCCCGGCCGAAGAAGCGUUGAAGGCCAUCGGAGCCAGAGCAAUCACUCUGGGGCCCAAAGAGGGUCUGGGGCUGGUCAAUGGCACCUCGGCAUCCGCAGCGCUAGCCAGUCUGGUCCUAUACGAGACUCAUCAGCUGGCGCUGCUGGCGCAGAUCAAUACCGCGCUGGCGGUAGAAGCCACACGCGGCAAUAUCGACAGCUUCCAUCCUUUUAUCGCAGACGCACGACCCCAUUACGGACAGGCCGAAGUCGCCACGAAUAUCUCCUCCUUGCUGGCUGGAUCUCAUCUCGUGUGCGGCGGUAACAGCGAUGUCGAGACGCUGGCCAAAGAAGGGCUGGUCCAGGACCGAUACUCGCUUCGCACGGCGAGCCAGUGGCUUGGACCGUAUAUCGAGGAUCUCCUCUUAGCAGACUAUCAAGUGGGCAUCGAAUUGAAUUCGACUUCGGAUAAUCCUCUCAUCGACACGGUCAAUCAAACCACCUAUUCCGGUGGCAAUUUCCAAGCAACAUCCAUCACCUCCGCCAUGGAAAAGACCCGGCUGGCCCUGCAAAUGAUCGGAAAACUCAUCUUCGCCCAAUGUACUGAGCUCAUCGAUCCGGCGCUCAACAACGGGCUACCCACCAACCUGGCCGCCGAUGACCCCAGCCUCUCUUUCACCAUGAAGGGCGUCGAUAUCAAUAUGGCCGCUUACAUGGCUGAACUGGCCUAUCUCGCCAACCCGGUGAGCAGCCACGUCCAGACCGCCGAAAUGCACAAUCAAGCCCUCAACUCCAUGGCCUUUGUCUCAACCCGAUACACCAUGCAAGCGGUCGACAUCGUUUCCAUGAUGACGGCAGCAAGUCUCUACGUCGCCUGUCAAGCAUUAGACCUUCGCGUUCUACAGAUGAACUUGUUCAACGCCCUGCGCAUUCUCCUCUCCGACUCGAUCAGGGACUCGUUCGCUCCCUUCUGCACAAAAUCACAACUUGAUUCCCUCUCCCGUAAAGUCGAAUCCACCUUCCCUUCGUCAUGGCAAGCCACCGCUCGUCUCGACAUCUCAGCACGCUGCGAGGAGCUCAUCAAAUCACUCCUCCCAACCAUUCUCUCCGCCUUGACAGAAAGCAGCAGCAGCAGCAGCCAUCCCAUCAACACGACAACCACAAACCCACUAACCGCAAUCAACAACUGGAAACAAACUACCACCUUCGCCGUGCAAAAACUCUACGAUCAUGUCUUUGAAACCUUCAAGCAAAACAACAAUACAAUCGACCAUCUCGGAGCCGGGUCCAAAAAGAUAUACACCACAAUCCGGCACGAACUACACGUUCCAUUUCACCUGGGCCUCAUCGAGCAGCCUGCCGCAGGGGACCCUGCCGAUGAGAAGGUCAAUGGAAGAGAGAAGAGGACGGUUGGUGGUUGGAUCUCGAUUAUUUAUGAGGCUUUGCGAGAGCAAAGACUGAGUGGGAUGGUCGUGGGUGCUUUUGAGAAGUGA